GAAAGUCGAGAAAACCGGGAGAGGAUGGCUAGACGCGCUCCUCUUACAGUGAUCCACCUGGACGAUUUUACUUUAAAGAAAGACAGGAGAAGAAGUCGUACUUCUUUAUUUACUACAAACACUAAGAAGCAGCCUACGAAUGUCGCGCGCAAAGUUCUGCUUCGCUGAAUGACAUGGACUUGAUUGUGAGCUGUGCGUCGCGCGCUGAGCGGUGUUUACUCAAGCAGGUGGAUAUGACGUCACGGACUGGGAACAUCAAAAAACAACAACAUCUAAAUCCGCGAUGUUUCCCCCUUCUCUCUCUCUCUUUCUCUCUCUCGGCACGUUAAAAGUGUAAAAAAAAAAAAAAAAAAACCCGUCGGAAGGAUCCCGCGUUCCUAACUGAAAGUACUGCUUCAACACGCCGCUUUCCGGUCAGACCCACGCGAGAGUAAUAUUGUUAGUGUUUACAGUGCGAUUUAUCGCACGCGCUCUGCCCAAACACAAGCUCACGCGAAGAGUUCAAACCGCCGAGAAGCAAAUUUCAGCAUUAAAAAAAAAACAACAACAACCCGUCCAAAUCACGAGUCUGCUGGCAGAGGCUUUGGAAGAAGUGGUCCAUCUUGAUCUUCUCCCCUUGUGCCUGAAGGCCUCUUUUCUGACAGGUCUUUGAUGUUCACCCCCCUCGCAGUACUGUGGUGAAUUUUGAUUGGAGGAAUGGAAUGUCAGUCUUUUCAAAACAACUGAUGAAGAACGAGACGGCUAAACUCCAAGCGCUGUAACCGAAGACAGCUUCAAGCAAGCGAGUCCUUGGAAGAAGGCCUUUAAGUCAUGAUGCAAGAAGCGGGGACAGCGGAGACGACGAGUAACGGGACAGCCAAACAGAACGGCGUGGCAGUUGAAGGCGGGCUUCGAGACAUACGAUCCAAGAGUGCCACACCUUCCUCUGACAUCACAGCCGCUAACCUCAUGACCCUUCAACAGCAGCAGGCUCUACAGGUUGCAAGGCAACUCCUUCUUAAGCAGCAGCAGCAGCAGCAGCAGCAGCAGCAGCAAAGUGGAGCCAUCAAGUCUACCAAAAGCAGCGAGAAGCAGCCUGCACUACAGGUGCCAGUGUCAGUGGCUAUGAUGACCCCGCAGGUGAUAACUCCUCAGCAAAUGCAGCAGAUUCUCCAGCAGCAAGUCCUGAGCCCUCAACAGCUCCAGAUCCUCUUGCAGCAGCAACAGGCCCUGAUGUUACAGCAGCAGCAGCUUCAGGACUUCUAUAAGAAGCAGCAAGAACAGCUCCAUCUCCAACUCCUUCAACAACAUCAUGGCAGCAAACAGCAGAGCAAAGAGGUUUCCACGCAGCAGUUGGCGUUUCAGCAGCAGCUCCUUCAGGUUCAGCAGCUGCAGCAGCAGCAUCUGCUCAGUCUGCAAAGACAAGGCCUGCUGUCCAUCCAGGCGAACCAUAAUCUGCCUCUGCACUCUCUCGCGCAGGGCGUGAUUCCAGCUGAGCUGCAGCAGCUGUGGAAGGAGGUGACGGGCACGCACGUGAAGGAGGAGAACAGCGGCAGCAACAACGGCCACCGUGGCCUGGACCUGUCCUCCGCCUCACCCGUGCCUCCCAAAAGCAUCCUCCUCAACCAGCACGCUACGUCGAACGGCCAGUACGGCAGCCACGCGCUCAAGAGAGAGAGCUCGGCGCUGGACGAGCACACGCAUCACAGUCACCCGCUCUACGCACACGGCGUGUGUAAAUGGCCGGGAUGCGAAGCGGUGUUCGAGGACUUCCAGUCUUUCCUCAAACAUCUGAAUAACGAGCACGCGUUAGACGACCGGAGUACGGCCCAGUGCCGGGUACAGAUGCAAGUAGUUCAGCAGCUGGAACUGCAGUUAGCGAAAGACAAAGAACGUCUGCAAGCUAUGAUGACUCACCUACACGUCAAGUCCACAGAGCCCAAACCCACCCCACAGCCCCUCAACCUGGUUUCCAAUGCCACGCUGUCCAAGACGGCCCCCGGAGCCUCGCCGCCCCUCAGCCUGCCUCAAACCCCAACCACACCCACCACCCCGCUUACACCGCUCUCCCACCAUCCCACGGUCAUCACACCCACCAGCCUGCACAGUGUCGGACCCAUUCGCCGACGCUACUCAGACAAGUACAGCAUGCCCAUAUCGCCAGAUAUCGGCCAAAACAAGGAGUUCUACAUGAACACAGACGUGCGUCCUCCCUUCACAUACGCAUCAUUAAUACGCCAGGCAAUACUUGAGUCACCAGAAAGACAGCUAACACUAAACGAGAUAUACAACUGGUUCACGCGAAUGUUUGCAUAUUUCAGGCGGAAUGCAGCUACCUGGAAGAACGCAGUCCGGCAUAACCUUAGUCUUCACAAGUGUUUUGUGCGAGUAGAAAACGUUAAAGGGGCGGUAUGGACUGUUGACGAGCUAGAGUUCCAAAAGAGAAGGCCACAAAAGAUCAGCGGGAGUCCUGCUCUAGUGAAAAACAUUCAGACCAGUUUGGGAUAUGGUCCUGUCCUCCCGGCUACCUUCCAGGCUUCAAUGGCAGAAAACAGCAUACCUCUAUACACUACCGCUUCCAUCGGAAGCCCCACUCUUAACUCGCUUGCCAACGCUAUCCGAGAGGAGAUGAAUGGGGCCAUGGACCACGGUAACAGCAACGGUAGUGACAGCAGUCCCGGACGCUCCCCUCUUUCAGCUAUGCAUCACAUCAGCGUUAAAGAAGAACCACUGGACCCAGAGGAGCAUGAAGGGCCGCUCUCCUUAGUGACAGCCAAUCACAGUCCAGACUUUGAUCACCAUAGAGAUUACGAGGACGACCACGGGAACGAGGACAUGCUGCCAGACCAAGCACGUAAUUUCUACUUGCAUCCAGUAAAGGAGCCAUUUGGUACUGGGGGACUACUACUUCACAUUGCCUGGCCUGGUGGCAUUGAGACCAGAGUGGACACAUGCAGAGAAAGUUCAACACUGAUCUAGAAACUACAGAAGAGUGCACACUUGAAUCAUUAGCCCCCGAACGGACAUUGAUGCAGAGCAUGUGGGCGCGGGUCUACGUGAUUUCAGUUCAGUGACACUGCCUUCAAAUCAGCUUGGGUUGCUUCCAACCUCGGUCUGAUGUUUUGAUGGCAAAUAAUACGACGUUUUGUCCCCCUGAUUGUCCUAUGCUCUUAUUUGCUAUAUAUUGUUUGACUUUUUCUGUACCUGAUCAGACCUCAUGCCCAUUGUUGUAGAGAUUCUGUACGGAUCUGCACUUGAUGAUGAAUGUGUGUAGUUUCUUUCCAUGUUUCAUUUCUCUCUUCCUUUCCAUUAUUUAAUGGGAAACAGAAUGUCAAAUUUACCAUGUAGUAUUUUUCUGUCAUUUAUUCCACAUUUCAGAUCUCCAUCACAGUGUCACAUUGCUCUCUCUCUCUCUCUCUCUCUCUCUCGCACAAACACACACACACACACACACACACACAGAGUCCAUCUGCAUAUGCACUCCUCAUAAUGAAGGCUCUCUCCACGCAUCAAUGAAGUUUAAUUUUCACCAGGGAAUGAAUGACAGAGAAAUCAACGCAGGUUAUGACUGGUCCUUAUGAAAUACCUUCUGAAAUCCCCUUUCAUUGCAGUGUGUUAGCUGCAACCAAAUCACUGAUCAAAACACUGGUGCGAAUGGGGGAGAAAAAAUUAAAUGUCAGAAUAGAACGAAGCAGAGAUUUUUUUUUUUUCUUUCUUUUUCCCAUCCUGUAAUUUAUGGACUGUCGGGUUAAGGCUGGAGGACUUUAAAGUGCAUUCCCUGUUGUUUUAAUGUCUUGUUUGCCCACAUCAAUGACCAGCCCAUUCCCUCUCUUAUUAGCAGUUGUUAGUAAUUACACAUGAGAUAAAAAGGUUUAAGGGAUUACAAGCCACAGUUGGCAUUAGAAGCCAUGACCACUUAGCAUUACAGCAUUGGGGGCAGCCCACUAUGACCACAUGUUUCCUGCCACAUUACCCUGGAAACCAGUAUGAAGUCAAUUUCAGGCUCACAUUAAAAACAUCCACGGUACAGUGGUGGGGUGGGGUGGGGUGGGGGGACGGGGGGUACACCGGGGGUGCGUAUAGGGGAUGCUGGACAGCAAUAAGCAGCCACUCUCAUUUCCAUUUGCUUGCGGUUUCAUCCAAAAAAAAUCACGAAAUGUUUCCAAUCGGUAACACCAAGAAGCAAAUUAGAAGUAGCGUAUCCAAAUUUUGCAUGUUGAUUUAUGACUGCAACCAACCACUGUUUAAUUUAUUAUUUCUGUUCUUUAUUACAGCCUUUUUUUUUCUUCUUCUUCUUCUUCUUCUUCUUCUUGUUUUUGAAUUGUUGAUGUGUCUGUUACCUGUGACUACCAAAGAUAAACGCCUAGUUUCAAAAAACGAAAGAGAAAAAAAAAGAAAGAAAGAAAGAUGCUCUAUGUUCCAUGCAAUAGCAAAACAAGGCCAAAUAUCCUCCCCAUGUAGUGCGAAAGAGGGAAAAGAACAGUCUAAAGCUUUGGGUGAAUAAAUGAGUGAGAUGUUCAACUUUUGCUGAUGUUUAAAAGCCAAAGGGAUUGUUUAAGGGGCAGCUGCAAGGUUUUUUUUUGUUUUGUUUUGUUUUGUUUUGUUUUGUUUUUUGCGCCUUUAACCAAACGGGAGAGAAUAGACGGAGAUUGGGAUAAACACAUGACCACGUUAUAGCACUGUUCACUCUGCGCCAAGCUGAAGUUGAGAUAAAAGAGAGUGUUUUACUUUGAAAAGUGUCUGGACUAAAUACAUAGCAGUAACUGAAAUCCAGGAUGGGGAAGGGAUUUAAAUAACACAAUACUGGACCACACUUCCGUUUGUUUUUCCUUGUUUUCCCGUUGUUUUAAUCCUCCGAUAAGAUUGUAUGCCACUUACUAUGUGAAUCCAUAUGGAGGUGUAUGUUAAACGUUGCAAAUGCUUUAUGAUUGUUUUUACGUUCUGUCUACUUUUUAUAUCAACUUUGUUUUUAUAUUAAAACCAAACACUCCUGACAACUAAUAAGCUGGGUACAAGGUACUUUAAUGGCAUAUUAUUUUUUUGUUUCUUUUUCAUUAUAAACUCAGCCAUACAUUUACGAUAGACAAAAAUGGAAGUCUUUUGAUUCACAGAAAAUAAGCCACAAGAGCCGGGCAGCUGUCGAUGGGCUGAAAGCGGUCAGAGUGUGCAAGACAUGCGCUCAUCAUGCGCUCAUCCGAAUCUCUUCGCAGUAAUGAGGGAGAAGGGGAUAAGCAGGUAGAUAAGAUCAUCUUCCGCAUGUGUAGCUCAACAUUACUAAAGUGAAGCAGCAUGAGAAAAACUGUUCGUACGCAUACCUCAGUUCAGACCUAUAGGGAAUGAUUAAACAAAGAGAAAAAAAAAAAAAGAUACCAUUUCACUCUCUUGCACUUAGUCGUAUGUCCUGCAUGUUUAGUCUAAAACUGUAGCAAAUGAUAUUUUAAGAAAGAGUUUAAAAAAAAAAUAUAUAAAAAUGCACAAAAAAAAAAAAUAACAAAAAAAAAAAAAAAACCCAACCCUUACUUGUUUAUCUUGAAGGUCUCCUGUUCUUUUGUGUUUUAAAAACCAAUCCAAACCUCAGGCCUUUUUAUUUCCUAAAGAAAAGUCACAAAUCUUUCUCUAACGUUUCUUCGAGGCAUGGUAUACUGUCUUAGACGGCUUCACUUGUGUGGGCUUUUAUUCCCGUAGGUUGUACAUACACCGCAUUAUAUCUUUGUGUGCUUUCUUGUUUUCUUUUUUUUUUUCUUUAAAAGAACAAAAAUGUUUGUAAUGCCAUGUUUGCUUUAUCAUUCGAACUGCUUUGUACUGACUAUUAAAAAAAAAAAAAAAAAAAAAAAGAAACAAA